UCCCUUUGCAUUUUUCAUUAUGAAGACCUCGGGGUUAUCGCUGGGCCUCUUAAACGCUCCAGUGCUGUGUCUCCUCUGGCUAACAAAGCAUGCCGUGGGCUCGGCCCAGUUGUCGGCUCCGGACGUGGUGACGGGAGCACGCGGAGGGUCUGUGACGGUCCCGUGUCAGUACGAACUUCAGUUCAGAGACUACACAAAGUACUGGUGCAGAGGACAGAUAUACGAGCUGUGUGAAAUAGUGGUGAAAACACCCAGGAGGUCACGAAAAGGCCGAAGCACCAUUGCCGACGAUAAGAAGGCGGGAGUCUUCACCGUCACUCUGACUUCUCUCAGAGAGAGCGAUGAAGACAAGUACUGGUGUGUCAUCGCCAGAUCCGGAAGGAACAUCCACACGAGUGUCAAGCUGCGCGUCUCCCACUCAGUGACAACAACAACCACCGCAACUAUUCUGGAACCAGAUGAAAUAUGUUGGUGGGCGACUCUCCGUUGGAUCCUUUCUAUUCUCAUGUUGUGUUGUUUGGUAUCGACACACGUUGCUGCGUGGAGGAUAACGGCCGCAGGAAAACAACAUCUAUGAUUGAAAGUCCUGGGUGAUUUUUAUUAUCAUUCAUACUCGGGCUACCAAACUAUUAACUAUUCCUGCGGUGGAUAUUCUAUCAGUGGGUGAAUUAAACUGAGGAAUAUACCAAGUGAAAGGUUGGCGUUCGGCUUCUUUUUUUCUUAGUAUAAAUGAUUAAAACCUAAAUUAAUUUUGGUGCCAAGGCCUAAGAUAACUUUGGUACUAACUUUUUAAUAUCCAAUCAUCUUAAAAUUGCCGCCUCUGGAGAAGAGAGGCUCUUGGCUUUUAUUUAAUAUAUUUGCAGGUCUUCAUUGAAUUAUAUACAAUUUGUCAGUGGUUUAGUACUCCAGAUCUUUGGAGUACUAAACCACUGACAAAUUGAAAGGUUGCCGAAUAAAAACACAGACAUGAAGGCCCAACUCUUGGAAUAUAUUGACCAACAUUAAAGUUGAAUGGUGGUUAUGUCCUGCUACAUUCUUUAUCAACCUAAGAGAGGACCACACAGGUGGAUUAGAUUGAUUGUUCUCAGACAAUUUUAUGGGAUACCUACAGCUGAGAUGGAGUGUUUCUCUCUUCAUGCAAAGUGAUGAAUUACGAUCUGUCUCAGCACAGGUCCGAGACUGGGAUUAAAACGGGAGACGCACGGGUACUAACACGUAUGUCAUUUAUUCACAAGUGUAACAAAUAGAUGGGGUUUGAUCUGUAAAACAUGGAUGUUUGCACUGUAAAAACAAGGAGAAGACACCCAAAGCCACAACGCAGAGAUGUGUGGUGUGUGGAGAUCUGCCCAAACAACUGGCUGCUGCUCUUGCUUAAAGACAUGUUUACCGGGGCCCAGGUGGUCCCAUGUGAUUACCCUCCAAUAGCGCUGCAGCCACCAACAUAAGGAGGAGGGACCUUCACAAAUCAAAGCUAAAUUAUAUAAAAAUCCUUCAGAAUAUGUGACGUAUUCUCUCAAAGAGGCAGUGGUGAUUUGUGAACCAUGUCAGGCUGACUUCAUUGGCAUGCAGGUCGGAGCGGCAAGAUACUGGAUAAUUGUGUCUGCUCGUUAUAGAAUCGCAUAUAUAUUCAAAGUUGUAUUAACAAUGACUCCAUUCUAUUCAUGUGCCCUCAGUAAAGCCAUCAGUGUUACAGUGAGCCAGCAAGCAAUAAAGGAAUUAAGGCAUUC